AUGAAUUUUUCAAGCAUUUAUGCCAAAUUUGGACACCUUUUGCCCGCCAACUUUUCUUUCCUGAGUCAGGACCAUAAUGGGAGUAUCGUUCAUAAUACAGUGCCCUUUGCUGCAGACUUUCUUUUUGCAGGACACGAACCUGGCACGAUUGUCCUGAUGGUCAUGUAUUUGGUGUCCUUUCUGACAGGAUUUGUGGGGAAUAUUAUGGCACUCUUGGUCCUGAGUCGAAGAAGGAACAGACUAGCUGGUGCCUCCACUACCAGAAAGCUGCUCAUAAACUUGGCGGUGUGUGACAUGAUGGUGGUGUGUGUGUGCAUGCCUGUGAACUUGGGACACCAGGUGUACAAUGCUUGGGUGUUUGGGGACCUGUUGUGUCGCACCGUGCCAUUCGUUCAGGCAGUGUCUGUGUCUGCAAGUGUCUUGAGCCUGGCUGUCAUAAGCUUGAACCGAUACUACAAUGUUCACAGCCCACUACGUGCACGAUCCUUCUUCACUGGUAGGAAGAUUGGGGCGAUGAUAGCCAUGGUGUGGAUGGUAUCGUCCGGCCUGUGUGCUCCGUUGGUCUUUAUGAACGAAACCAAGAUGCUUUCCUUGACAAUGGAUGGCUCACACGUGAUAACGGUAUGUGUCGAGACAUGGUCUAAAGCACGACUGCGCCUAGGCUACAACUUUAUACUUUUCUGCUCCCUAUAUGGCUUUCCAGUCCUUUUCAACCUCAUCAUAUGUUUUCUCACUACCUGGAAACUUUGGAGCGCAGAUGACCAGUUUUGUGAAGCUGCCAUGUCAAGUUCAAUCCGGUCAGCAGCACGGCUGAAAUUGCGCAAGAAAAUAGCCAAAAUGGUGCUAGCCCUGGUGGUGCUUUUUACUCUAUCCUGGCUUCCUCUCUAUGUAGUGGAUAUCUGGAUCGACUUCAACAUGCCAGGCUCUCUGGACAGAGAAGUUCUGGGCCACGUUGAGCACAGUUGGGUGUUGCAAAGCCGACCUUUUGCACAGUGGCUUGGCCUCACCAACUCAGCACUCAACCCGCUUUGCUACUGCUUUGUGGGUGACCUGUACAGGUCUGCAAAAAGGUUCAGGAAGAGCUAUCGAGAGAAAAUGGCCUCUGUUUUUAAUUCGUCUCAGAGACCAUCAUCCUCCAUGAAAUCUACCCUCAAACUUAAGUCUGGGGCAUCAUCCACAAAAUGCAGCACUGGAAAGCAGAGAUGGACAGGCUGCUCCAUUUUCAGGGUGGAAGGGAACUUCAUCAGCUGCUCUAUCAUGCAGAAAUUUAACCUGCCCACAGUCCCCCUGCAGAGCACAUUCAGCAUUAGGACCAUUGAUGGAGGACCAAUAGGAGAUGGCUUCGUCACUUCACAGAAUAUGCUGCUCCACAUCCAAAACUGUAUCUCUCAUCUCCAAGUCAAUCUUUCAUCCACUACUGUGGAGAGUCCUCAACCUGACUCCCUGGAUGGUGUCUUGGAGUGUUACAUGGACCUGCAGGAGGUCUUUAGCAAGGGAAAGGCAUGCGGGCUACCACCACAUUGGCCCUAUGGCUGCACUAUUGACCUACUGCCCGGCAUGUCACCACCAUGGGGGUGUAUCUACCCCCUGUCCCAGAAGGAACACACCGCCAUGGAGGAGUACAUCCAAAAAGCCCUUAAGCAAGGAUACAGCCGCCCGUCCAGAUCUCCCACUUCUGCAGUCUUCUUUUUCAUGGAGAAACGAAACAGCAGACUCCGACCAUGUAUUGAUUAUAGAGGUUUGAACCAGGUAUCGGUAAAAUACCCUUACCCUCUUCCACUAGUUCCUGCAGCACUAGAACAACUUAGAUCAGCUACGAUCUUUUCCAAGUUGGAUCUCUGCAGUACAUACAACUUGAUCAGGGUCAAAAAGGUGAUGAAUGGAUGA